GACACACAGACGCCUAUCAAAAUGUCCAAGGAGCUUCUCCUUCUCUGGCUGGUGACAGAGCUCUGGUGGCUUUAUCUGACACCAGCUGCCUCAGAGGAUACAGUAAUAGGGUUUUUGGGCCAGUCGGUGACUUUGCCUUGUCAGCACUCAUCCUGGUCCAGGAGCCGCAACAGCAUGUGCUGGGGCAAAGGUGCAUGUCCCAAUUCCAAGUGCAACCAGGAGCUUCUCCACACAGAUGGAACAAAAGUCAUCUCCAGGAAGUCGUUCAGAUACGCACUUAGUGGGAGUAUCUGGCGGGGCGAUGUGUCCUUGACCAUCUCAAACACCAAUCAAGAGGACAGUGGGGUGUACUGCUGUCGUAUAGAGGUGCCUGGCUGGUUCAAUGAUGUCAAGAAGACUGUGCGCCUGGAGCUGAGGAGAGCCACAACAACCCCCAAACCAACAACCACCACAAGACCAACAACCACCACUCGACCAACCACCACUCCUUACUUGACCACCACAGAAGAGCUUCCAACAACAGUCAUGACCACACCUGACCUCACAACUGUAACAUCACCCCAGCCACUGGCCACCAUUGUCUUCACUACAGCAGUAACCACAUGCCCCUCAACAACACCCAGCUCCUUCUCACAGGAAACUACAAGUUUUUCGACCACUGAGAUCGUCACCAAGGGGUCUGCCAUCACUGCAGAAUCAGAAACGCUUUCUUCAUCCAAGCACUCUCAAAGAAGCAUGGAGACCACGUCUGCAGACAGAGCCUUACUCAUACCCACAGGGUCCCAAGCUUGGGUUCUUUCACAGCGGAUGACACAGAAAACGGCAUUAGCCACAAGGGAACCUCGGUGGAGAAAGGUUGCAUCCAACCAGAGCAACAGACAGACCAACAUCUUGAUCAUUGCUUGCUGCGUGGGGUUUGUGCUGAUGGUGUCAAUAUUUCUGGCAUUUCUCCUUCGAGGGAGAGUCACAGCAGCCAAUUGUUUGAAGAGACACAAGAGGCCAGACAACAUUGAAGAUCGUAAAAGUGUCCUCAAUGACAUGUCACAUGCACAGGAUGAUGAGGAUGGAAUCUUUACUCUCUAACUUGUCACCUUUUCUUAGGAUUAAGCAUGGGGGAUGAAGUCUGAAUUGUGUAAUUAUAAGUUUGGGGACAUUGCAA